AUCGAAUCCUGGACGGCCUUUUUCUUCAUCUUCUUCAUCUCUGUCGCAGUUUUCGUGAUGAUGAACCUCGUGACAGCGGUCAUCGUGGAGAAUGCCUUCGCAGAAAACAAGAGCGAGGAGAAGGAGCUCGCGGUACGCCUGGAGCGAGAGAAGGAAGAAGAGCUGGAAGACCUGAAAAACUUCUUCCUGCAAGUGGACAUAGACGGCAGCGGCAGCCUCACGAAGCAAGAGUUCUUCAAGGCAACCAAGCAGCGCAAAGUGCGGCAGAAGCUCCGUGCGCUGGAUAUUAUGCCCAAGGAUAUCGACGAGCUCUGGGACAUCCUUGACAGCGGCAUGGGAGAACUCAAAGCCGAGGAGUUCGUCCAUGGUAUCCGACGCCUGAGAGGCGAAGCCCGGGCCAAGGAUAUCCUCCGCUUGUACAAAGAGGUGCGGCAGUUUGAGAACGCC